CUAAAACCCCAAACCAUCUGAAGAACUCGAAAAACAUUCGAGAAACAUCGAAACCAAAUCGAAACAACAAAUGACAACCGCUGCACAAAUUCCGACGAGUUUCGGCCACGAGCUCCGAGCAUGUCUCCGUUGCCGCCUCGUCAAAACCUACGAUCAGUUUCGUGAAUCAGGAUGUGAGAAUUGUCCGUUUUUUAAGAUGGAUGAAGAUUCUGAACGUGUUAAUGAGUGUACCACUGUUAAUUUCACUGGGAUUAUAUCUGUGAUGGAUCCUGCUAGAAGUUGGGCUGCUAGGUGGCUUCGAAUUGGCAAAUUUGUUCCAGGUUGCUACACACUGGCUGUUUCAGAAGCGCUAUCGGAGGAUCUACAGGCUUUGUGUGAGGAAGAACGGAUAACAUAUGUUCCACCUAAACGCGUUUGAGUGCUUUUAUGUAUGCACAUCGAUGUACGUGAUUUGAAGUUGUAAGCGUCUGGAAUGAAAACUUAAACCGUGCUAAACGCCUGGUUAAGGAGACUAGUACUUGUUGCUGUGCUGGAGAUUUAUUCUAUUGAACUAAUUCUUGUUCUUGUUAUUUAGAUACAAAGUCUUAGGAUAUGUAUAUUAUAAAACUCUUAUUAAGUAUGACGAAAAAACUUUGUUUAUCA